AAAACACUCUAGAGAGGGAGGAAAUGCCCACUAGAAACUCUUUCUCUCUCUUCAAUCUCUCUUAUCUCCGACGAAUCUCCCGGCAUCAAAACGACGCCGUUUAACACCUUUCUUCAUCAUCUUCGAUAUUUAUUAUAUUUCUCUGAAGAAAAACUUUUUUUUUUUGACGAUUUUUCAUUUUUCAAUCGCUAAUCAAAUAGAGAAAAUCCGAGAAUUUUUAGAUAUAAUCCUUUUAAUUUGUUUUUUUGUUGAAUUUGUUUUUGUAAAUCGUUUUUUUUGGUCGGAAAUUGAGAUUUUUGGAGGUUUUUUUGGUUAUGGAGAGAGGAGAAAUGGCGGCGGUAACGGCGGAGACAACGUCAUCUUCAUCGGAAUUCGCGCCGAAGAAAUUAGCUCGGCAAUUAGAUUUUACGCCGGUUCAGAAAUCGCCGGUUCGUCAAUUGCCAGCUCAGCAAUUGCCGGUUCAGGUGGUUCAGAGAGCAGUACAUCAUGUACCUAGGCCGGCAUUGGCGGCGAUAGUAAAGCCAGAGCCACGUAGUCCACAACCGCAAGCUACUGCUCUUGAAGUCAAAGAUGGCACUCCAAAGAAGCAGAAACAAUGCAAUUGCAAAAAUUCUAGGUGUUUGAAAUUGUACUGUGAGUGCUUUGCCUCUGGGAGUUAUUGCGAUGGUUGCAACUGCAUAAAUUGUCACAAUAAAGUGGAGCAUGAGGCUUCCAGGCAAGAAGCUAUUGGAGCAACCUUGGAACGCAACCCUAAUGCAUUCAGACCAAAGAUUGCAAAUAGCCCGCACGGAUCCAGGAUGAGUAAGCAAGAAACCGGGCCAGCGCAACUGGUAGGAAAACAUAAUAAGGGGUGCAAUUGUAAAAAAUCAGGGUGCCUUAAGAAGUACUGUGAGUGCUUCCAAGCAAAUAUCCUUUGUUCAGAUAACUGUAAAUGCGUUGAUUGCAAGAAUUUUGAGGGAAGUGAAGAGAGACGGGCACUCUUCCAUGGCAACAACUACAAUACCAUGAUAUACCAAGCAGCAAAUGCAGCCAUUAAUGGCGCAAUUGGGUCCUCUGGUUAUGGGAACUCUCCAGGGUCAAGAAAGAGGAGAAGUCAAGAACUCUUCGUGUACAAUAAUCAGCCUUUCCAGCGUAAUGUACAGUAUAUACAGGGAAAUCAUGCGAAAUCAUCGGUUCCCUCCGUGCCUUCCUCUCGUGGUGCCAAUACACAAGCUGUCUCAAAAGUCGCAUAUAGGUCUCCACUAGCUGGGGUCAUUCAACCUCAGGACGUGAAAGAACUUUGCUCUCUUUUGGUGAUUGUUUCAAAAGAGGCAGCAAAGACUUUUGCAGAUAAAAACAGCAAUAUAGACAAUCAAAAGAAGGAUGACGCUAAAACUCAUGGUUGUGUUGAAUCGAAGGAGAAGGUGAAUGAUCGAAUGGAGUCUCAAAUUGAGAUAGGAGCUCUGCAAAAUGUGUCAAUAGAUGAGCAAGCUCUUAGAAUUUGUACAGGCAGUUCUGGGUUGGAUGAAAGUGAUGCACUGAAUGGAAGGCCAGCUUCUCCUGGAACAAUGGCAUUGAUGUGCUAUGAACAGGAAGCUGUACUUAUGGAAGAGGGUUCGAGAGAAUUUAUUGUUGAUAGCCAAAACAAAACUCCCGAGACUUCCUGUGAGCAGCAGAUCACAGAAAGUUUUAUUGAACAAGAAAGGGUGGUUUUGACCCGAUUCCGAGAUUUUCUCAACCGGCUGAUAACUUGUGGUAGCAUUAAAGAAACAAUGUGUUCAUCCUUAACAAGAAAUGAAGCAGGAAGUCAAGGACAACCCUUAAAGACCGAGGUUUUCAUAGAUGGGCACCUGAGCAAUGGCAUGGUAAAGCCACUUGUUCCGGUUGCUAACCAUACACUAUCAGCAAGACAAGGUGGAGUUGCUUUCGGUUCCAGUAAUGCUUUCUCCCAGCACAUUGGGCUUCCUAUCGAAAAUGGCAGGUUAAAACCCAAAAGUGAGAAAGCUGUUUAGUACUCUAUUAAAAUUGCAACACAGUAGUCCAGAGUUUCCAUGAUGUUUUUGAGUUCGAUGGCUGAGCUACUGCCUAAUGGUCGUUAGUUAAGAGUGCUCUUUGUUAAUAACUGUUGAUUAUUGGUAAUAAAAUUAGUUCCACUAAUCCCACUUUUCUCAUAUUAUCAUC